UGUAUUUUGUUUCAGUUGAUUUCAGUGUUGAUUUGAUAAAUGUUUUGUCUGCCACCGGUUUUCAAAAAUGACUUAGAGAUUUCAAAAUUUCUUAUUUAAAAAAUAAUUUUUAGAAAUAUGUCGCAUUGGAUGACAGUAACUUUAAGAUGCUGGGUUGCAUUUAUUGCAUUCACAAAUUUUGGAGCAGCAUUUAGGUGCUUCACUGAAGAUAAUUUUGUUCGCUCAAAAGUUUUUGGUAUUGAUUCCGAACCAUGGAAGUCAAAUGAAGGACCAAUAUUGGAGCGCAUGUAUGGAUAUUGGUCUUUCAUCAAUGGAAUUAUUUUAGCUAGUUGCUUCUUUUUUAUUGAAGAGAAGAAGAUUCUCUGUUUGUCUGUGUGUGUCAUUGUUCUUUACCUAUGUUUUUUUGGUAUUGAGGGUUAUUUAUACAAGACCCUCUCCGUUCAUGGCCCAACGAUAUAUCCAUGUGUAUUAAGUGGACUCACUUUGUUAUGGCUUUUAGCCAGCCUUAAAUAUCACCCCAGUAAUCGCACAAAAGAAGAAAUUGAUGAAAAUGAAGUUCUGAGAAAGCAAUUCCAUUUCAAAAGUAUCUCCAGAAAGAUACAAUGAUUGAAAAAACACCCUGAUAUCUUAAAAUGUAUGUUUAUCUUCUAUCAAACUCUAAAUAAAUGCUUGAAGUGAAACUUAAAAAUACAAAGUAAAAUUUUCUGAACAGAUA